UUGCCAGCUCUAGUGACGCAUGCGUUUUUCAGCUAGCGGUUUUUCUGCUGACAGAAUAUCUGGCUUUUUUGCAUUUCGCAUUUGCAACUGAAGUUUUCGAACAACCCGAGGCGUGAGAAACCACAAAAAUCUUACGAAUCGAAAGAUAAGCAGCUAAAAGUUGGUGAAGAAAGCACACGUUGAUCGUAGUUUUUUUUUUCUCGACAUUUUCUGCAAGAAAAGCCAGUGCGUGCGUGUGAGUGUGAUUGUCUCUCUCGCUCUUCCUUUAUUUUUUUUGUCCAUGCGUGUGUGUGUGGUCGCAUAAAUUUACCGAUAUUUUGCCUGUGAGAGCGAAACGGGCGAAACGAAACGAAAGAAAAAAAAGAGAGACGAACAAAACGAAGAAGAAGCGAAACAGGCAGAAAAACAGCAGUUUCGUUGAAAUAUUGGGCAAAAACGCAAACCAACCAAGAACAACAACAAAUAACUGGGUAAAAACAGGACGCACAAAAAAUAAUAUUACAAGAAGAGAGGCACCAAAAGGAGAGAGACAAAUCCCCAACAACAACAACAUCAGCAGCAGCAGAAACAACAACAACAGCCGCCACAAUGAGCAAACCAGUCUUUGAAUCCCCGUUGACCAUUGACCCAGAACAUGAGUUGCGUUUUGUUGGUCCCUUCAAUAGACCCGUUGUCACAAUCAUGACUCUGCGCAACAACUCGUGUAUGCCCCUGGUCUUCAAGAUCAAGACAACCGCCCCGAAGCGCUACUGCGUACGUCCAAAUAUUGGCAAGAUCCCGCCCUAUCGAACGACCCAGGUGGAGAUCUGUCUGCAGCCAUUCAUCUACGAUCAGCAGGAGAAGAACAAGCACAAGUUUAUGGUGCAAAGUAUCAUGGUACCCGUGGAAUCUGAUCUGACCGAUUUGAAUAAAUUGUGGAAGGAUUUGGAGCCGGAUCAGCUGAUGGACGCUAAACUGAAGUGUGUGUUCGAGUUGCCCAGCGCUGAAGCGAAUUCGGAGAAUACCAGCGGUGGCGGAGCCAUCGGCGUUUCAAGCGGAAGUGCCGGAGGCGGAAGUGUGGGCGUCAACACUAGUUCAGCCAGCGCCGAGGCGGUCGAAGGCAAGCCGAAGCUUUCCAGCGAGGAUAAGCCCUCAAACUUGCCCGAUCCGGCAGAUUAUCUGGAGAUAGCCGGAGAGAAUAAGGCACUGCGUGAAUCAAUCAGCGAACUGCGAAAAGAAAAUCUUCACUUGAAGGAUCAAAUCACACGUUACCGCAGCUCGCCGGCCGUCAAACAGGUAAACGAGCCCUAUGCCCCAAUUCUGGUUGAGAAGCAGAUUCCGGUCUUUUACAUUGCAAUUGCCGUUGCUGCGGCUAUCGUUAGCCUCCUGCUGGGAAAAUUCUUUCUCUGAAUGCCAUAAACGAACGCCAGCAACAUGCUACAUGCAACGUGCAGCCGCAUCAGCAUCAACAGCAAAUACAGCGGCAACACCAUCAAACAGCAACAGCAGCAGCAGCAACUAACUAGCAACAACAACAGCAACCACAACGAAAGAACCACAACAGCAGCAGCAGCAGCAGAAGCAUUCAAAUUCAUAAUCGGCAAAAGGAGCAACUCAUAGAGACGAAAAGAAAAAAGCUGACAAGGCAAAAAAAAAAGAGCAGAGAACGGAAAGACACGUUAAAAUCGUUUUUUCGCGGGAAACGGGAAAAUCUCUGAAGAAAUAUUUAAAAGCAAAAAAAACGACAUCUAUUAAGAUCCCAUACUACGUAUAUUUGCUCAGAUUUUCGAUUGCAUUUUUUUUUCGCUAUUAUUAUUAAUUUGUAAGCUAUUAAGUUUAAAGAAGCUUCACAACACUUCAGUUUUAAUAAUUUUCGAUGCAUUUUUAAACGGAAAGAGUGAAGAGUAUUUCAAAGAAUAACCAAAAUUAUCAUUUAAUUGAAUUAGUCAUUACCUUUUCGAUGAUAACAUAAAACAACAAAAUUGUUACUUGAGUACGAGAAUAAAUUUCAGUUUUAAAAAUG